AUGUCCUAUCCUCAAGUUGCCCGUGAAGGAUACCUUCAGCGAUUAACCACAAUCCUUAAAAGAUGGAAGUCGUCCUAUUGCUACUUAUAUCAUACUGGAGAAUUCGUUUAUCAUGAAAGCCAUGGUGGUAAUGUUGACGGCCGAAUUUACACUAAAAAAGGAGGCUUAGCUGUCUACAGUGGAAUCAGUUAUCAAUCGCCUCGAAAACCUGAAGGUGUUGAUUAUUAUAGCAUGCUUGUUUUUGUCGAAAAUAAUGGUACAGAAACUUACUUUUUGUGUAAGGAUGCCGAAGACGCCCGACAGUGGAAAGCUGCUCUAGAUUAUCAGUUAGGAAAUGGUACCAUGCCUCAACCUGGCACUGCCUAUCCUGGCGCAGCGCCACCACCUGCUGUUGGAAGUGGACCUGCACCACCUGGUUUUACAGCUGGAGUUCCUCCUCCAUAUCCAGGACAGCAGCCAUCAACUACUUAUCCAUCACAACCACCAAGUGCUUAUCCAAAACAACCACCAAGUGCUUAUCCAACACAACCACAAACCGCUUAUCCAACACAACCACCGGCGGCUUAUCCGGCUGCUGGACAGCCACCUGUAGUAGGAGCCCAAUACCCGUCUUAUCCUGCUACUCAAGUACAAUAUCCAGGUGUAACUCCAACAAAUGUUGCUUCAACCACGACAGUUCACGUACAUGCUGGCUAUCCUCGUCGCCAUGGACAUUCAAGUGUGGGUGGCUUUGGCGUUGGUCUAGCUUUAGGAAACACCAUCAUGUGGUAA